GGAGAAGAUGGAAAUUUAUACCACUAAGUUAGAGCCUGCACAGUGGUUGAGAGGCAGAAAUGAGCAAGUGAGACUACUAUGUAUGGGAGUCUUCUGCAGCACUACAGACUGGUGCGCUCCUCUUGCCUGCAGAAACUAGCAGAGGUUGGUUUGUGAGGACAUCAGCUCCUGCUUUGCAGUACUGAUGGCAGCAGAGCCACUGAGUGAACUGGAGGCGGCCAUCGAGACUGUGGUCACCACUUUCUUCACCUUUGCAGGGCGGGAAGGACGGAAAGGCAGCCUGAGCCUCAAUGAGUUUAAGGAACUGGUCACCCAGCAGUUGCCUCAUUUGCUAAAGGACGUGGGCUCUCUGGAUGAGAAGAUGAAGAGCUUGGAUGUGAACCAGGACUCGGAGCUAAAGUUCAAUGAGUACUGGAGACUGAUUGGGGAACUGGCAAAGGAAAUCAGGAAGGAGAAAGCCCUGGAGAUCCGGAAGAAAUAAAGCCUGCUUGUCAGAAGAAGUAAAGCCUGCUUGUUGGGAUGGGGGCCCAGCAGGGCCUGCUGGGCAGGGCCGGGCAGAACGUCACUCCCCCUAAUAAAGCUUCCUUCUUGAAACA